UGUCAAAUUGCGAAAGUAAUACAAACUCAUAUCGAUUAGGACUUUGACUGAGAACCGAUAUGCAGUCAUUCACCCUAUGUUUUUUGGUGAUAAAGUUAUUAGAUUUAUUUGAAAGUAUUCAAUAGAUACUAAGUACAAAUUCAAAGACACUUAUUUUACAACUAUGUCCGUGUUUGGGAUGAUCUGAUAUGUUGGGGUGAGCAGCGGAAAAAAAGUUUUCCCCACGUGGUGAGGCCUACAUUACUGUAAUUGGUUAUUCCCGAAUCGAUACUAAAUUGUAAUUGGCUUUUCUGGAUUCAGAAAAUCAGUCGUGACUCCUGCAGCACAUUUCUCUUUCUGCGCUGAAUCCACGAGUUGCAGGUUUUCAGAUUAUCUACCAACAUGGCACCUGCAUCAGUGCUGAAACUUGGACAGAAACUAAAUGAGGGAAAGACCAAGCAGAUAUUCGAGCUCGUGGAUGAGCCAGGCCAUGUUCUGGUCCAGUCCAAGGACCAAAUCACGGCCGGGAAUGCGGUGAGGAAGGACCAGAUGGAGGGCAAGGCCGCGAUAGCAAACAGAACCACGAGCUGUGUUUUCAAGCUACUGCAGGAAGCGGGCAUCAAGACAGCCUUUGUAAGGCAGCAGUCUGAGACUGCGUUUGUGGCGGCCCACUGUGAGAUGAUCCCCAUCGAGUGGGUCUGUCGGCGGGUGGCUACUGGAUCCUUCCUGAAGAGGAACCCAGGCGUCAAGGAGGGCUACAGGUUCUCCCCUCUGAAAAUGGAGAUGUUCUUCAAGGAUGAUGCCAACAAUGACCCUCAGUGGUCGGAGGAGCAGCUGCUGGAGACUAAGUUCUCUCUGGCUGGGCUCAACAUCGGCCGCUGUGAGGUGGACAUCAUGAACCGCAGCACUGUUGCCAUCUUUGAGGUUCUGGAGAGGGCCUGGGCCACCCAGAACUGCACACUGGUGGACAUGAAGAUUGAGUUUGGUGUGAAUGUGCGCACCAAAGAGAUUGUGCUUGCUGACGUGAUUGACAAUGAUUCCUGGAGGCUGUGGCCUGCGGGAGAUCGGAGUCAGCAGAAAGACAAACAGGUGUACCGGGACCUGAAGGAGGUGACUCCUGAGGCUAUGCAGAUGGUGAAGAAAAACUUUGAGUGGGUCUCUGAAAGAGUGAAGCUUCUGCUGGAGCCCAAGGCCUGUGGCAGAGUGGUGGUUCUGAUGGGCUCCACCUCUGACCUAGCCCACUGUGAGAAGAUCAGGAAGGCCUGUGGCUCCUACGGAAUCCACUGUGUUCUCCGAGUCACCUCUGCACACAAAGGACCAGACGAAACUCUUCGCAUCAAAGCUGAAUACGAAGGAGACGGAGUACCUACUGUGUUUGUGGCUGUGGCGGGCAGAAGCAAUGGCCUUGGUCCAGUGAUGUCAGGAAACACCGCCCACCCAGUCAUCAAUUGCCCUCCUAUCACCCCUGACUGGGGGGCACAGGACAUCUGGUCAUCCCUUCGCAUGCCCAGCGGUCUUGGCUGCUCCACAGUCCUCUCCCCUGACGCUGCAGCCCAGUUUGCAGCUCAGAUCUUUGGGCUCAGUGACCACCUGGUGUGGUCCAAACUGAGGGCCUCCAUGCUCAACACCUGGGUGUCUCUGAAGCAGGCUGACAAGAAGCUGCAGGCCUGCAGCCUGUAAGGAGCCCCCUGUACUGUACCAUUCCAAACCCUGCCAGAGCUCUCUAAGAUGGGAAUUGUGAAGCCUGGCUGUGUGUCAUGUCUAAUGAAAUGUUUACCAUGUAAAAUCAACCCUACAACACAUUUCUCUAAUCAUUCCCUUAAUAAAGUGAUUCAUAUGUAUAAACAUCUA